AUGUCAGAUUUAUCUCGUAUUCGAUUGAUGACAGAGGAACAAAUUGAUGAAUUAAUGAAUUCAUUUCGAACUUCAUUCUGGAUUGAUGAACAUCGGUGGUUUAUUCAAUGUAUAAAUGAUGGACACUAUAUUCGUUUUAAGACUGUGUCAAAAGCAUUGCAUUAUAUUGGUACUAAGCUUCCUAUUGUAUUCAAAUCAACAGAUUCACAAGAUACUAUUGAAAGACUUUAUACUUCUAUCCGUCAUAUCUCGGAUGUGGAACUUUCCAAGCAACCAAUUUCAUCAAAGAUUUGUUUUCCAAACAUUGAUUCGCUUUCAGUAAAAUGUCCUAUCAAUGAUCAAUACUGGUCGAUGAUUCCAAAUUUACAUAAAGUCACAUUACUUUCAUUAGAUUUCUCUACUGAUCUUUUACAAUCGGAAUUGCAAGCUUUACUCAAUCGAAUGCCUCAUCUUCGCACAUUGAUUGUUCAUCAAGAUACAUCAUUACCUUUGCCAAUGUCAUUCUUUAAUUGUACAUUUCCAUCAUCAAUUCGUUAUUUGUAUUUACAAAAUUGUAAACAUUAUUUCAAUGAAGAAGAUUGUAUUCUAUUAUGUCAUUCUUCAUUGACGAGUCAGUGUCAACAACUUGACAUUCUAGUGAAGAAUCGUCAAAGUAUUAUGAUUCUUAUGAACAACAUGAUUAACCUCUGUGCAUUGCGUGCUCGUUUUACGGAUGAAGAAGCCUCUGAUUCUAUGCCUUCAAGAAUACAUAAUAACGUGGAUGAUGAAAGUAUCUUAU